AUGUCCGAUGAAAUCAGGCGCUCCGGCCGCGCCAACAAAGGCCACCAUACAAAGAACCAAGACGCGCUCGACGAGCCCGCUGCUGCCGCCCCAGCUGCUCCCACUACUCCUGCUGCUGCUCCUGUCGCCGCCCCAAAGUCCAAAGCAACUCCAGCGACUGAGAAGAAAGGACAAGCCCAUAGCAAAAAAGGAAAUGCAAAGGGUCCCUCUCAGCGUGCUCGGUCGACGCAAUCGGCCGAUGCGGAUGAAGAGGACGACGAUGAAGAAGAGGAGGACGCCAUCAUCCGCUGUGUGUGCGGUGACCAGCGCGAUAUUCGCGGACGACAGAUGAUCUGUUGCGACAGCUGUACAGCCUGGCAACACAACAAGUGCCUGGGCCUACCCGAGGGCGAUUUCUGGGAGGGUAAGGACUACUACUGCGAGCAAUGCAAACCCGAAGACCACGUCGAGUUAUUGGCUGCCAUGGCUCGUGGCGAGAGGCCAUGGGCGCGCAAGAAGGGCUCCAAACCCAAGCCUCGCGCCAGCGACGUCAAGCCGGAUGCCCCAUCUGAGAAGACAGUGACGCCCCAACAGUCUACGCCUUCACAGCCUCCCGCAGCUCCUGUUGAAGCCACUACUCCCACUCCUGCUCCCAUCACAGUGCCCACCCCAGAAGCUUCCAACGGCCAUGCCGAACCAAAGGUAUGCCCGCUUAACCCCAUUAUUAUGACCUUCACUCACAAACGCAAGCAGGGCAUCAAGAGUCAGCCGCAGUCUCCUCUCGGCGAAAAACGCCGCCAUGACGCGGCCUCAGAAAAGGCCAACGCAAGCAAGAAGCGCAGAAAGUCGAGCCAUCAUGAAGCCAAGACGGAGCCGCAAGAUGCAUUGGCCACGGACAUUGACGCCCUUCCCCAGAACCAGAAGGCUGUUGCGGAGAAGCUAUGCGAAACCCUGGCACCCCUGAUCACUUCUGCCUCGGACACCCAGGGAUACCGCAUCCCAGACGGCGAGACUGCCAAGUCUCUUGCUUCCAAGUAUACCCUUCAAAUGUGCCAUGCUGCUUUCAACCUGUAUGGCGAGCCUACCGGCGGGUCCUCGCCAUACUUUGGCAAGAUGCGCACAAUCAUGUUCAAUGUUAAGAAGAACACCGUUCUUGUGGAUCGUCUGCUGUCAGGAAGCCUCAAGGCCGAGGACCUCGUGAGCAUGGAAGCUGAGGAAAUGGCGAGCGAAGACAAACAACGCGAAUACGCGGCCAUGCGAGAAGCGGCUGAGAAGCAAAUGAUUCUGACCGAAGAGACUGGGCCUCGGCUGCGCAAGACACACAAAGGCGAGGAGAUUGUCGGUGAAGACAACUUUGAGAAUGAUGACUUCAAGGAGCCCACUCAACGGGAGCGGGAUAGUGUCACGGAAGAUGGAGCGGUACAUUCCCCCGUGGCCGUACCCCCAUCCGAGAGUCCUGCCGCGCCAAGAACGUCUGAGGCGGAAACACCUCAACACGACGGCUUGCGACGAGCAUCGACCAAUUUUGAUAUCAAUUCCGUCUUCGACAAAGUCCGCUCACCCCAGCACGACCAGCAAACCUUCCUUCACCGUCGCCGCAGCUCCAUGCACACACAAGACAAGCCUCAGAGCGCUGUGGACGAUGCAGAUGUUGACCGACUGCUCAAGGACGAAGACAACGACGUGGAAAUGUCGGGUUAUUCCUCUGAUCCAACAGUCUGCUGGCAUGGCUCCAUCAACAUGCAGUCUAUGGAACCGUUUGAUGCUGUUGCCCGAUUCGUCGCAGGCGGCGACUUUGGCCAAGUUGUACCCUGGGAAAAGCUUCUGACCCAUAUCGUGGCGAUCCAAGGACGUAUCGAGAGCUCUAAGGGAAACGACUAUAUUCAGAGCAUUGGACACACAGAGAGCCACGAAGUUUCUAUUCUCGCCGUUAGCCCUGUCACCACUGAAGGACGCACAGUCAUGGACCAUCUCUACGAAUACUUUCACUCGCGCGGCAGGUGGGGUGUGGUACCUGUCGAAGGCAACGACAUACUUCGAGAUCUAUAUGUGAUCCCAAUUGAGGAGGGCGGAAGCAACCUUCCUCCCUUUAUCGACAUGCUGGAGUACUGCACCAUUGAGACACCCCGCAAGGAAAACAUGCUGUUAUUGGCUCUUGUAGCCAAGCUACCAGAGCUCAAGCCCCAACAUCCGCCAACUGAACAUUUUGAGCGAUACCCGGCUCAUGAGGCCGCAACUGGCCCAAUUGCGCAGCCCGCCUUUGGCACCGGCCCCAGUCCAUCACCGAUGACCAAUCCUCACGCGCCGCAAUUCUCACCGGUCAGCGCAGCCUACCCGCAGUACGGCAACCCAUUCGCACCACCACAGGCAAACAUGGUGCCCAACCCACAACCCCCGCUGCCAAUGCACACACCACCACAUCACCAGAUCCCGAAAGCCCUCGAGAUUCUCGGUCCCUACAUUGACGCACCUGUCAUUGUCACCAUCCUCACGUCAAACCUGUCACAGAAUGCAGUCGUCUCAGAAUUGCAAAUGAUCAACCUGAGGCAUAUUGUUGAAACUGUGCCAGAAGCGCGGGACAACAUUGCCGUGCUGACGAAUCACCUACAGUCCAAGACUGAGGCAAAUCGCCAACAACAGCACGCCCAGCCAUCAGGGCCUUUGUAG